AUGAUAUCCAGAACCAGCACCGCAGCCACUGGGACACUGCUGUACAGUCCCUCCGCAGCGCCGUCACUGUCGCCAUACCGAGUACCUGGCCGGGCCAAUUACAUGGCAUCGCUGGCAGCACGCAGCCCUGCCGCUGCCGCUGCAGGCCCCGGCGGGAGCAAUAGUGUCGUUACCAGUGAUGCCCCGCCCCCUCCAUCCUCUUCUUAUUCUCACUCUGCUGCUACGUCAACCUCCAAAAUUUCUUCCCGUCGAACAGCUCAGAUUGCUCGACACUUUUCCUCUUCAUCCUCACCAACAGGUCCCGUUUCAAAGCAGAAGCCCGACAUGGCCUCCAACUACACUGUCCGCAAGGUUGCGGCUCCCAACACCCUCGAGCACCGAGUCUACAUCGAGAAGGAUGGCCAGCCCGUUUCUCCUUUCCAUGAUAUUCCUCUCUAUGCCAACCAGGAGCAGACCAUCCUGAACAUGGUUGUUGAGAUUCCUCGAUGGACCAAUGCCAAGCUCGAGAUCUCCAAGGAGGAGCUCCUCAACCCCAUCAAGCAGGAUAUCAAGAAGGGCAAGCUUCGAUACGUCCGAAACUGCUUCCCCCACAAGGGUUACCUCUGGAACUACGGUGCCUUCCCCCAAACUUGGGAGGACCCCAACUCCGUUCACCCUGAGACCAAGGCUAAGGGUGACAACGACCCUCUCGAUGUCUGCGAGAUCGGUGAGCUCGUUGGUUAUACUGGCCAGGUCAAGCAGGUCAAGGUCCUCGGUGUCAUGGCUCUCCUCGACGAGGAGGAGACUGACUGGAAGGUCAUCGUCAUUGAUAUCAACGACCCUCUCGCCUCUAAGCUGAACGACGUUGAGGAUGUCGAGCGACACCUUCCCGGUCUCCUCCGUGCCACCAACGAGUGGUUCCGUAUCUACAAGAUUCCCGAUGGCAAGCCCGAGAACCAGUUUGCCUUCACUGGCGAGUGCAAGAACAAGAGCUACGCCCUUGACGUCGUCCGCGAGUGUGCUGAGGCCUGGGAGCGUCUCAUCACUGGCAAGACCCCUGCUGGCGGUGUCUCCACCACCAACGUCACUGUCCAGAACUCUCCUUCUCGUGUCUCUCCUGACCAGCUCCCCCCUCUGCCCCCCAACGAGGACGUCCCCGCCGAGAAGAUCGAUGCUUCCAUUGACAAGUGGUUCUUCAUCAGCGGUGCCUCUGCUUAA